AUGUCAACUGAACCCAAUGUCCGGAAGGAUAAAAGACUCCCAGAUAUCCAGCUUCCUCCUGGUCACAUCUGGCAACAUGAAAGAGAACUGGGAGACGGCGGUGAAGGUACAGCUCAUCUGUGGGUACACCUAGACGCCGAUCAAAGAGUCGUCGAACGCAUUGUCAUCAAGAAUACUGUCACUGUCGAUCCUGACUUCCACAUGAUCAAGGAGGGACCUCACGAGGGCGAAUGGUUAGAGGUUUCUGUGCAGCAAAGGCUCGCACCCGGUGGAUCAACCGAGUUCUAUACCGUCCCCAUACUUGCAGCUCAAAAAGUCCCUAAAUCGACUUACGGUUGGCGCACAUACAUGCCUUUCUACAGUAAAGGAGACUUCGAGAGGAUCAUCAACGAACACUAUGCGGUUUCUCCUCUUCCCGAGCCAUUCUUGUGGUUUGUUCUCCAUCGCAUGGCCAAAGCUGCUGUAGCGAUGGAUGAAACGUUCCGAGAAGAAGGCAGAGACCGCCCUGUUCUCGUACAUCAAGACAUCAAGCCAGAGAACAUCUUCAUGGGUCACCCAGGGUCUCUCGGUCGAGAUGAACCAUAUCCUGUAUACCCUGUGGCUUACCUCGGCGACUUCGGAUUAAGUUAUCUUACCCCUGAUGACGAAUCUUGGAGGCAAAGGCUCAGAGGAACUCCAGGCUAUUGCGCGCCAGAACACGACACGGGCACGACUGGAAAGUCUAAAGCAAAAUACAAUGUACCACCCGAAUCAAAGACCAACAUUUGGGAAGUUGGUAAUUGUAUAAUGCUCGCUAUGACAGGAAAUCAUGGGGGUUCGCAUCGCACGGACGGAUACAAAUUCUCAUAUCACGACAAAUGGGAUUAUCUUCGCGAUCUCGAGCCUGACGACCCGUGGCGAUGGUCGGGCUAUAGCGACGAUCUUAUCAAGACUGUGGAAUGGUGUCUGAUGGAUACUAUGCACAACCGACCCACACCGCAAGAGUUGUUGGAGCAGAUUGAGCAGCUCAUGCCCCAGCAUCACGAGGGAAUGGACCGCUGGGGAACUUUCAGCUGGGUCAAGGACAAGAGUAGAGAGAUCGAUGGUCCACUUGCUUCUGCAGAUGCUGAAGAGGCCGAAGAGCCUGACGCGGACAUCGAGGUCAUGCCUGGGGAGAAGCGUAAGGCAUCUAGUCCAGCUGGAUCACCUCGACACGCUAAACGCAGCAAAGCUGAAAAGGCUCUGGAGAGAAGACUGACUUAUGUGGCAACCAUCAUCAAAGGCCGUAUGCCCAAGCCUCACGACGAUGAUAAUGCUUUCAGGCUUGAUUUCAAGAAAGCGCUGCGAUACGUAGCGAUGGACGAGGAAUUCGAUCCUCAAUCUUUCUUUGACACAGCGGGCCCCGAACCAAUCAGUUUCUUCGAGCUUGAUACUGUUGCAGAUGAUGGACCGGCACACGACGACCAGGACAACAAAGGGAAGGCCAAAGAAACAUCUGGUUCUUCGAAAGAUGACGGCGACUAUGACGAAAAGAAAUCUUUGAAGUCUAAACCAAAGCCAAGUCCCCCAGCUGAUACAGGCGCUUCUGGUCCUACAGACGGCUAUGACGAUGAUGACCCGGAAGAUCUUGGCGCUGCUGCGAGUGGUUUCUUUGGUGGCGGCGACGAUGAUGAGGAAGACUUCACGAAGCCGACCGGAGCAUCAAAGUCAGGAUCUAAGGCCGGCAAAGCGAAGCCCAAGACACCCAAGGCAGUUGGCUCCGCAAUGGACUACAUCGACCUUGCUACCCCAACACCUGCUAAGCCUAAAGGUUCGAAGGCAGCUACAACCAUCGGCGAUUUUAUCGACCUUGCUACCCCUACACCUGUUAAGCCAAAAGGGAAAAAGGGAGCUGGAACAGCAGAGAGUCCUAUUAUGUUUGAUUCACCAACGCCUGUCAAAAAGAAAGGAUCCGUAAAGAGUCUGUCACUUGCCCUUCCACCCGUCACGCCUCCACCUGCCGCCAAAGACAAAGGAACAAAAGAAGCGCCUCUAACUGUCGGUGACACGCCUGCUCCAGCUGAUGAGGACGAAGAUAGACAUCAUUCAAGCCCGUUAGGUGGCAAAGGCAAAAGACUAAUUGACUCACCCCAGUUGACCCGCUUCAAGCUGAGAGAGACCGUCUCCAGGCUGCGCUCCAACAUUGGUGUUCACGCUGGCCGAAGCCUUGGACGAUCUCUUCAGUAG